AUGGUUAAACCAGCAAAUAAAUCAAACAAAAAGAAAGUUGCCGAACCACCCAGGCCGUCACCUGUAUCAAAUAUUGAAAAAAUAGGGUCAUUAAACAAGUUCCCUGAUAAGGAUUAUGCAAGAGAUUUACUUCAUCAAAUAACCAAAUUAGUGGCUCCUAUAAUACACGAGAACAACUUCAAAGUAGGGACGUUAUGUGAAAUGUAUCCUAAGAAUGCAAACCUUCUUGGGUUGAAUGUCAACCGUGGUCAAAAGAUUUUAAUACGGCUUCGAUAUCAUUCAAAUGAUAGACUGUUCUAUCCAUUAGGUGAUUUGAUUGAAACCUUUUUACAUGAAUUAACGCAUAAUCUUCAUGGAAAGCAUGAUGAAAAAUUCUAUAAAUUCUUAGAUGGAUUGAAACAAAGAUUUGAAACUCUUCAACAUGGAGGUGUUAUCGGAUCUUAUAGGUGUGAAGAGGAAGUUCUUGGGUCAAAGUUUGAUCCUAUUGGUGGCUAUACGUCUAUCAGGGAUAAAAGGAUAAAAGAAUUAAGUAAAGCUAAAUAUAAAUCUGAGUCCAGAAAAUUGGGUGGUAAUACAACUUCAAGGAUUAGUAAAGCAUCAUCUUCAGAUCCAUUAGCAGUGAGACGUCUCAUGUUAGAAGCUGCAGAAAGAAGAUUUAAAGACUCUAAAUGGUGCCCCUCUGAUGUUGAUAUCAAAGAGGUGGAGCCUACAGGAGAUGAAAUGGAUAUAAUUGAAAUAAAUGACGAUGAGUAUGAUAAACCGCAAGAAAAGGAAAAAGCCAAUCAGGAGCAACAAAAUGGUGAUCAUCAAUGUUCUAAAGAAUAUAAGCAAGUCAUCGACCUCACAAGUGAGGAGUAUGGCGAGCCAGCAAUGGAAGACUCUGAAGUGGUUAUCAUUGAUGCUUGCGACGAAGAGCAAGAGGAAAAGCAUAAAGCAAACAUUGAAUCCCCUAUACAAUAUAAGGCAUUGAUGGCAGAGCCAAAGUCGAUUCUACGGCUUCCUAUAAUUUUAGAUGGAGAUUCUGAUUCUUCUCCAAAGGAAAAUAAAAAGGUGGAGUUUUCAAACUUAUUGCCAUCUUUUGAUGAUGAGAAAAAGGAAUCGAAAGAUAAUGAAAGUGAUGACGAAGAGAUUCAGUAUACAGUAUCAAUAUCCCCAGGAAGAACAUUUUUUGGAGGUGAAGAUUUCUAUCCCAGGCGUAAAUUAGUAGCUGAUUUAAAUUUUGAUCAAAUUUUUAGAAAAGGUGAUAAACUAGAACCAAGACAGCCAAAACCUUCAAAAAAGAAACAAGGCAAUAAGAAAAGUAGCACUUCAAAGAAGAAACAAAGUAAGCAACCCAAAGAAAGUAAAAUAGAAACCAAGGUUUUUAAAAAAACAGUUAAACCUAUAAGCUUUGAUGAUUUAUUAUAA